GAGUUGCAAAAACCCCUCUUUACUUUUCUGUUUCAUUCAUCUUUGUUCAUCUUUCAUAGACUAGACACCUGCUCUCUCUCACACAUCAGUCUCUCUCUCGCACACUCCUUCUGUCUCUUACUCUUUUCACAUCUUCCUCAUCCUCUUGCACAAACUACAUAGUACUGUUACCAUACAUGAGCAGCAGUCAGUAAACAACUCUACUGCAGGAUACACACUCACACAGAGCGAAGUCAGGAAACUCUUCGAAUUUUUGGCCAGUGAACUGUGGUUUAAAUAAGAGAAAAGAAAAUCUCUUGCAUAGAUCUCCAGCAUUAACUUACUGCAGCAACUAAAGUCAGUGACAAUGUAUCUACACGUAUGUGUACUGCUAUUACUUCUUUUGGAUUAUUCUUUCUGUAUAGACUUUACAUACCAUGUGAAAGAAGGCCAGAGCCCUGGUCUUUUUAUUGGUGAUAUUGCUUCUGAUACUGAAGUACUGCGCAGCAUUCCACCAAGGGACCACAGUUUCAUCCGUUUCAGCUUACUACAAGAAAACACAGCUGUUAAUUCACAGUUAUUCAAUGUCUCCAAAACCGGGAGAUUAUACACAUCUCAGGUAUUGGAUGCUGAGCCUCUUUGUAAAUAUAAUAAAGAGUGCAGUAAAAUCAUUGAGAUUGCAGUGCAAAAUAAGAAAGCUUUUGUGAAAAUAUUAGAAAUAAAAGUUUUAAUAGAAGAUAUAAAUGAUCAUCAACCAGAAUUUGCUAAUGAUAAGAUUAAUCUUGAAUUCUCUGAAGGUGAUGCUAUAGGAAUGGCAAAAUCAAUACCCAAUGCUAUUGACAGAGAUGCUAGUAUUUUAAAUUCCCAGAUUGUAUAUUAUCUAAAGAAGGAUCUGGAUGACCCAUUCAAUUUAUCUGUUUUAAAGACAGUUGAUGGAGCUUCAAAACUCGAAAUAAUUCUAAUUAAAAGACUCAAUCGUGAAAUUAGAGAUACAUAUAACCUUGAAGUUGUUGCAAAAGAUAAAGGCUCGCCUCCUCAAAAUGGUGUUUUAUAUGUUCAGAUAUCUGUAACAGAUGAGAAUGAUAAUUCUCCAGUAUUCACUAAGACUUUGUAUAAUAUAUCCUUAAGAAACACACAAGAAAGAAGCCUUCCAAUUGUCAAGCUGUCGGCAACUGACACCGAUAAAGGUAAAAACGGUAAAGUUACCUAUUCAUUUAGCUCUAAGAUGACAGAACCUUCGAAAAAAUAUUUCAGAUUAAAUGCUGAAACAGGUGAAAUAUUGCUAAGUCAACAUUUUCAAAGUGAAGUGAAACAAAACUACCAGUUGUUUAUCGAUGCUAAAGAUGGUGGAAAUCCUCCAAUGCGAGCUACAGCUAUAGUUUUUAUAAAUAUGAUUAACCAGGAAAAUAAUCCACCAAAAAUAAAUGUAAAAUUUUUUUCUAAAACAGCUGAAAACAAAGCUACCAUUUCUGAAGAUAUUGAAGUUGGCAGCUUUAUAGCUUAUCUGAAAAUCACAGACAAUGACAUUGGACAGAAUGGUGAGGUGGAGUGUAAACUUAAACAUAAUAAAUUCAUGCUUCAGAAAAUGGGGAGAAAGAAAUACAAAGUCGUGGUUCAAAAAACAGUAAACAGAGAAAUUGAAGACUACACAGACUUUAUAAUAAUUUGUGAAGACAGAGGUUCACCACCGCUCCAGACAGAAAAGAAAUUCUUAAUCAAAAUAAUGGAUGUCAAUGAUGUGCAGCCAAGCUUUACUAAAAAUACUUUCAAAUUUCUAACUUACGAAAAUGAAGACUCAAAUUUUCCAGUCGGUCUUAUAAAUGCAACAGAUCCUGAUUUAGGACCAGGGGGUAAACUAACAUAUUCAUUUUUAGAUGACAAUAACUUUUUUCCUUUUAAGAUUUCCAAUUUUGGAUUUAUAGCUACAACUCAGUCAUUGGACCGAGAGAAACAGGAAAUAUAUAAUAUGAAAGUUAUUGUUAAAGACAAUGGAGUACCAUCUCUCAGUAGUACAGCAAAUAUUAUCAUAGAAGUUAUGGAUAAAAAUGACAAUGCACCAUAUUUUACAUUUCCUAGUUUUGAUCCUUUUAAUAUAGACGUCCACUACCAUCCACAGAGUAAGAGUGACAUCACAACAUUAAGAGCCUCUGAUAGAGACAGUCAUGUAAACUCUUUCCUCAGGUAUGAAAUACUUGGUGGUAAUAACAAACAGCUAUUUACAGUCAACCCUUACACAGGAAUUUUAUCUUUCUCUCGUACAGUUUACCAAAAUGAUGCUGGAUCAUAUAACAUAAAAUUAGCAGUCAAAGACAGUGGAACACCAAUUUUAUCAGCAACAACCACACUAUCUUUGACACUAACUGUUAGCAAUACAACAGCCAGAAUGUACACAGCUGAAGACACAGAGUCAGAUAAUAGAAUACAUAUUAACUUGAUGAUUAUUAUAGUAGUGGCUGCAGUGAUAGUUUCUGUGGCUAUUGUAGUUUCUGUAACAACAUGCAUCAUAAGAAGGAACCAAAACGAUACUUUAAUUGAUGUCAAUGACAAGUUUAUUACUGAAAUGGGAGAAUCAGAAUAUGCCUGUCAAUCACAGUAUGAUGCAACUUUUACUACAGCCCAAGAUGUUAGUAAUGAUAGAAUCUUUGAAGGUACCUUAUUAAAGAAAACUUCUGAAAAUAAUUGGAAAGGCUUAGAAACAGGUGUACAGCUGCAAGAUCUUACUCCAGUUACUCAGCAGCCCACUAUAUUUACGCAUAGUUUUGGUAACAAGGAAGGCCAUAUUGAUGUACCCUCUGAACAUGUCAAAGAGAUGUCAGUCCUCUCUUCUUAUAAAGAUACUGGACACAAUUGGAGAGAAGGAAGCACAGAACACUAUGAAGAACUUGCAGGAUUUUGCCCUCGUGAAUUAGCAAAAUCUCAAAGCCUGGAGAAGAAGAUAUUAUCAAGAAAGCUUAGUCGACCAUCAAAUGCAGUCAUUACUACCAGUUCUUCCUGCCAUUCUAAUGUUGUUCCAAAGACUCCCUGCACGGAUGUUAUCGAUCUCAAAUCUUUUAGAGUAGGCAGUGAAGUUCCACAUAUUACAACACAGUCAUGGAAUUUACCUACAGGAAACAGCUUUACAACUUACUCUAAACCUUUACCUGCAGUACCAAAGGUAACACAUUCAUAAAAUAACACAAACUUACAAACUAAAUACUGACUUACAUUUUUUUCUACAACAUUUUUCCAUCAAAAUAACAUUUCAUAUUCCAUCGUUUCAUAUUCUGACAAAGACUAAUUGCACCUUAUCUGAGUAAAGAGAAAAUAUCUUUUACAUCAGUGGACUUCCUUGUGUAAAUAAUCAUUGACUCUAAAAAAUACUGUUUCAGAGAAUCUGUAAUCCACAUUACAUUAUCAUAAGUCCUUUACAUUAUUGUACUUCUUUAUGAUUGCAUCAUUUCAUUCGCUUUUGUUACUUUAUUACAAAACUGUCACACAAACUACCAAAUCUAUUAUGAUAAUAAUGCAGUAUUCAAACAAAAUUUCCUGAAGUAUUUUUACCAAUAUAAAAAAAAAGGCUUUGUGAACAACAAUAUAAAUUAAACAAAAAGCUAAAUUUUGGAAGGUUAUAAAUUCUAUGCCAACACAUUAACAAAAAAAUUAUAAAAAAAGACAGAUGAGCAGGAAAUAUGGAUGGAUAGCAUGCAUUAUUUUGUGGAUGGAUGUUCAUGAAUCGGAUCUGACUGAUAAACCAUUCAACAAUGAAAUCAUCUUUAGGAGACAACCAAAAAUAUGGUCUGUUGCCAUAUUACAUUGUCAGUUCUUUUCUGCCACAUAAAAUCAGAAAAUUAAGAUAUUUGAUUUGAUUCUGGAAGAUACCUCAAUAUUCUUUGGUCAGGUUAACAAAUAAUUCAUCAUUCAUUCACAGGGUUAAAAAGUGACAUCCAUUUACACAGUGACAAGCAUUUUUUUUUUCUUUUCUAAAUUGUGAAAUACACGAUUUGUACAGAUGACUCUAAUUAUUUGGCAUUUUAUCAAAUUGAUUUGUGAGUUUAAGGUCAGCAGAGGUUUAUUUCCCUAAUCCUGUUUAUAUAUUUAUUUAUUUCUGUUUGUUUAUUUUUUUUUUUUUUUAAGGACUGUUACUUGUACUGUAUAAAAUGCCAUUGGGAAUGCCAAUCUCAGACAGGAAAAUUUAAUGACUAAUGCUGGAAUUACAUGCAAUGCAUACAUUUUUUUCUCUCCUUUCAAACAUUUACCAUCAAAUGAAUUAAUAAUAUCUUAACUUCUGUUAUGUACUAGAGUUGAAUUUCAUUCUUCUGUUUUAUACCAAAAUGCUUUACCUGUAAGUCAAAGAUCAAACUUCAUCAUAUAUGAUAUUGUCUUCA